AUGACAUCCUACAUGUACUACCCAAGCUACGCAGCUCCUGCUCCCGCUCCUGUUGCGCCACAGCGCCAACCCCACCAUAACCACUCACAGUCGAUGGGAGCUUCUGGCCUCGGAAACUAUGGUUACUACCAAAUGCCUCAGCCUUUGCAAGGGUAUUACCAGUCUCGACCACAACAGUUAUACACACACCAGCACUCUGCAAGCUACCAAAUGGUUCUACCUCCCCCGGGCAUGGGUUACAUGGCACCUGCUGUUGCCCCACCAGCUCUUAUGUUGCCCCAGCUGCCGCAACCUUACCAAGCCGUGAUGCCUCAAGCGCAGCCUCAACCUCAACAACAGCCUCACCAGGAUCAAGUGAAUGGUGGUGUACGUGAGGUUUUGGACUACGACUUGGAUAUGAUGUCCGACUUUGUUGUGAAGAACGCCUACUUGGUCUUCGAUAAUGACGACGUGCUGAACGCCGAGUCUUCCAGUGUUUCCAAUAUUUUUAAGAAAGGUGUCAGCUCUGUUCUAAACGCUACAAGAUUGCCCUCUGUGACCGUCUUCAUGGCUUUGGACUUUUUGUGCAAAUACAUCUCUAAAUUUCCAAACGGGAUCGAAGCACUCGGUGGUGACUCUGUUAAUGUCAUCUAUCAAAACUUGAUGAUAGCAUUUGUUCUAGCCAACAAAUUCAACGAUGAUAAAACCUUCACUAACAAAUCGUGGUCGCAUGCCACUGGCAUGGAUCUGACGACGGUGAACAAAUUUGAAAGAGAGUGGUUAGCUACUUUCGAGUGGAAGUUGUUUGAUGAUAAUUUUAUUCUUUUUGAUGAAUACACACUAUCCUUUCAACAAUUUUGUGAGGAAAAGAGAGCUCCUGCAGCUUUCAACCCUUACAGCAUCCCACCUCUUUCCUCAUCAGUCAGUCAAAGCGCGGGAUACUCUCCCAGCUACCAAGGCUGUUCUGGAUUUCAAACGCCAGUGCAAGCGCCACCUACGGUCUACUCAUCUCCAUCGCAUACCGAUGAAAGAAGUGGCACCAGUAGCUACUUUUAUCAGCCUUCGUUCGCAUCACCAAUUUCUGGUGAAAGCCCUCUGUCGAAAAAUGUAUACAAUGGUGGAAAUGGCUACAAUUAUUACAGUGCGCCCUUGCAAGCUCCAUCACUAGCUCCUGUGUGGGGCGGCCAACCUGAGGAUUUUUUUACCCAAUCUCAGUUUGUACAACCAAGCAAAUCGCUCUUCUGUUAUUCUCACUGA